UAAAUCACAACCCAAGAUGAUUUUUAGUUAGGUAUGCUCUUAUGUCGGAAGAAUAUGGAAGAAAAGUGUGGAAAGAACUAGAAUCCUCCUGCGCAGAAACGAAACUGCAAGGCUUCUCUCAAAAAUUCUAGACAUCUCCACCGUGCGCUAUAAAUAAGCCCUGCGCAUUCUUCACCUCAGCAUACAUAGAAAGCGAUUUCGAGAAUCAGCAAAUACCACAAAUCAAUAUUUUCUAGCUUUUCCAUAAAAAGAUUCAUCAUGUCUCUGGUUCCCAGCCUCUUUGGAAGGAAAUCCAGCGUAUUCGAUCCAUUUUCUCUUGAAGUGUGGGAUCCGCUGGGAGCUUUUAAUUCCAUUACCAGGGAUUUGCCUCUUUCAGAAUUUGCAAGGGAUGCGGCAGCCAUUGCAAGCACACAAAUUGAUUGGAAAGAAACUUCGGAUGCGCACAUUUUCAAGGCCGAUCUGCCAGGUCUGAAACAAGAAGAGGUGAAAAUAGAAGUCGAGGACGGACGGAUCUUGCAGAUUAGUGGAGAACGGAAUAAAGAAGAGGAGCAAAAGAACGAAAAAUAUCACCGAGUGGAACGCUCACGCGGCAAAUUUUUGCGACGAUUUCGGCUGCCGGAGAAUGCAAAGAUGGAGGAAGUGAAAGCUGCCAUGGAAAAUGGAGUGCUGACGGUGACUGUGCCAAAACAGCCGGAGCCGAAGCCAAAGGUCAAAUCCAUUGAGAUAUCUGGUUAAUAGCUGAUAAUAUUUGUAUCCGAGGAGUUAAAUGUAAAGUGACUCAUUUAGUAAAUGCUGCUAGUGCAGCAAAAUAUAUAAUAAAGUAUAAGUCAUGUUUAUCUAGCGAA